GGCUCGUUUGCUCGCAAGAUGGCGGACGAGGACGGGGAAGGGCUUCACCCCGCGGCCCCGCACCGGAACGGCGGCGGCGGGGGGGGCUCCGCGCUGCACUGCGCCGGCAACGGCGGCGGCGGCGGCGGGGGCGGCCCGCGGGUCGUGCGCAUCGUCAAGUCCGAGUCCGGCUACGGCUUCAACGUGCGGGGCCAAGUGAGCGAGGGCGGGCAGCUGCGGAGCAUCAACGGGGAGCUGUACGCGCCGCUGCAGCAUGUGAGCGCCGUGCUGCCCGGGGGGGCGGCCGAUCGGGCCGGGGUGCGCAAGGGGGACCGCAUUCUGGAGGUGAACGGCGUGAAUGUGGAGGGGGCCACCCACAAGCAGGUGGUCGACCUGAUCCGCGCAGGCGAGAAGGAACUGAUCUUGACGGUGUUAUCGGUGCCCCCUCACGAGGCAGAUAACCUAGAUCCCGGCGACGACUCCCUGGGACAGUCAUUCUACGACUACACAGAAAAGCAGGCAGUGCCCAUCUCGGUCCCCACGUACAAACACGUGGAGCAGAAUGGUGAGAAGUUCGUGGUGUACAACGUUUACAUGGCAGGCAGGCAGCUGUGUUCUAAGCGGUACCGGGAGUUUGCCAUCCUACACCAGAACCUGAAGAGAGAGUUUGCCAACUUUACAUUUCCCCGGCUGCCAGGGAAGUGGCCGUUCUCUCUGUCAGAACAGCAGUUGGAUGCCCGACGUCGGGGGUUGGAAGAAUAUCUAGAAAAAGUGUGUUCAAUCCGCGUUAUUGGUGAGAGCGACAUCAUGCAGGAAUUCCUGUCGGAAUCAGACGAGAACUACAAUGGAGUGUCGGACGUUGAGCUGAGAGUAGCAUUACCAGACGGAACGACAGUUACAGUCCGGGUUAAAAAGAACAGUACUACAGACCAAGUUUAUCAGGCCAUCGCAGCAAAGGUCGGCAUGGACAGUACAACGGUGAAUUAUUUCGCCUUAUUCGAAGUGAUUAAUCAUUCCUUUGUACGGAAGCUGGCACCCAACGAAUUUCCUCAUAAACUCUACGUCCAGAAUUACACGUCAGCCGUGCCAGGCACCUGCCUGACCAUUCGAAAAUGGCUUUUUACAACAGAAGAAGAAAUCCUCUUAAACGACAAUGACCUGGCAGUUACCUAUUUCUUUCAUCAGGCUGUUGAUGAUGUGAAAAAAGGUUACAUCAAAGCUGAGGAAAAAUCCUACCAACUACAGAAACUGUAUGAACAAAGGAAGAUGGUCAUGUACCUCAACAUGCUGCGGACUUGUGAGGGCUACAACGAGAUCACCUUCCCGCACUGCGCCUGCGACUCCAGGCGGAAGGGCCAUGUGGUCACUGCCAUCAGCAUCAUGCACUUUAAGCUUCAUGCGUGCACGGAGGAGGGCCAGCUGGAGAACCAGGUCAUCGCGUUCGCCUGGGACGAGAUGCAGCGGUGGGACACCGACGAGGAGGGAAUGGCCUUCUGCUUCGAGUACGCGCGCGGAGAGAAGAAGCCUCGAUGGGUGAAGAUCUUCACACCCUAUUUCAAUUACAUGCACGAGUGCUUCGAGAGGGUAUUCUGCGAGCUCAAGUGGAGAAAAGAGAACAUCUUCCAGAUGGCGCGGUCACAGCAGCGGGACGUGGCCACCUAGCCUCUUUCCCUCCCUCCUCGUCACCUUCAUCCUCCCACCCGCGUCUCCCAUGUCAGACAGAGUAACCAUUAACAUAAAAGAAGAGAAAAAGGAAAAAAAAAAAAGCAAGGCAUUUUAUUCAAAAAGUCCUAAACUAAAUAUUAUUAAUAGUCCCUCUGAAUAUCAUGUCGCUGGAAUCGAGCUGGUAGAGAACGAGAUUGGUCAGCACCUGGAGCCAACUGAGUCACGACAGGCAAAGGAAAAGCCCACCGCCUCGCCAGAGGUAGCUGCCCGCCGGGGCCUCGUACCGACAGACUCUCCUUGUACUAUAUUUUUAAAACUGGAACUAUGAACUCCAUCCAUUUGCACUGUUGAGACAUAUAUAUGUAUGUAUGUAAAAAUUAUAUAUACACAAAUUAGCUGCACGUAUAUACAUAUAUAUAUUUCUUUUUAAAUUUCAUAUUGAUGGCAGUACCUUUUUUAGCUUGUGUUUUUACACACCUUUCACUAGAAUUCAUGACUUCUCUCUUGCUCUCUUUAUUUUGAAACAAACUUUAAAAAGGAAAAAAAAAUAUUUUACAGGGAAAAUACCUCUCCUCAUGAAGGACUCGAAAAGUUUACAACCUGAUCAGUUUUUUUUUUUUCCCUUCCUUUUUGUAUUGAGCACAGAUUAUGGCUCACGGGUUGCCACAGAGUCUGA